AUGUUUGCCAGGAUCUUCAUCCCCAAGAAGCACCGGCAGCGCUUCGACGAGUCCGUCUCUCAGAACGUGAUCAACAGGCUCUGCCGCAGCAAAAGCAUCAGCGAGCCGCAGGGCAGGAUCCGGCGCAGUCGGAGCGAGGAUCACUCGGACCGCCGCCACGGGUCCAAACGGGCCAGCUCCGUGCCCAGGGACGGAGGGGAACCGGGAGGGGAACCCGGAGGGAGAGGAGAAGCGGAGAAAGACCGAGGGGUGAGGAAGUCCGUCUCCGGAAUACCCACGCAUCCCCCCCUCGGACCCAAUCAGAGGAUAGUCCGUGUCUACAGAGGGAAGAAGAGCUUCGGCUUUACGCUGCGAGGUCACGCUCCUGUCUGCAUCGACUCAGUUAUCCCAGAUACGCCUGCUGAGGAAUGUGGACUGAAACCAGGCGACCGCAUCCUUUUCCUCAACGGACUGGACAUGAGGAACUGUUCCCAUGAGAAGGUGGUGUCAAUGCUGCAGGGCAGCGGGGCCAUGCCCACUCUGGUGUUGGAGGAGGGGCCAUCUGACUUCUCAGACCAAACUGACGGAGAUGAAUCCUCAAGUCUGGCUCCCACUGCACUACCACGCUCAAGAUCUCCAGCCCUCAGCUCUCUCCAGUGGGUGGCAGAGAUCCUUCCUCCAAGCAUUAAAGUUCACGGGAGAACCUUCAGCCAGCAGCUGGAGCAUCUGCUCACCAUCCAGGAGAGAUACACCGUCUGCAAGGCCUUGGAGACCUUCUUCCAGCACAGGAAUGUGGACACCCUGAUAGUCGACGUCUUCCCAGUGUUGGACACUCCAGCCAAACAGCUGAUCUGGCAGUUUAUCUACCAGCUCCUGACCUACGACGAACAGGAGCGCUGCCAGAGCAAGCUGUCGCGCUUCCUUGGUUUCAAGAGCAGCGUGGUGUUGGAUCCUGAUGGCGCUCCGGAGCUCCACAGACGAAGCAGCUCCAUGCGUGUGACUGGGUCGUCGUACCGCAGCAGCAUCCGAGAGAGGAGCUCCGACGACUGCAUCAUCGGGACUCAUUUAGGAAUGGGAAUUCAUAUCGAUGAAUCUGGGAGCCCGGAGGAGAGGCAGUCAGGAGACGGAACCUCCUUCCCCGAGUCCCCUGACCUCAGUCAUAUGACAGGUGUGUACACGGAGCUGGAGACCAUGUACGCAGGGAAGGGCGUGUCCCCGCUGCACGGCGGCUCCCCCGCAGAGCCUGAGGUGGCGGGGCAGACUGAGGCCUACAGCCGCUCCCUCUCCCCCCUCACACUGCCCCCCCUCACAGGGAACCGUAAAUCCGGCCUGUCCCUGUCCUGGAAGGAGCCUCUGCCCACCCCUGUGUACGAGAUCCACCACCAGAGCAGCGUGGAGUCCAACCCCUACGUCUGCCUGGAGAGCCCCCCCGCCUCCCCUCACCCCUCGGACAGCGGUCCCAACACGCUGACCCGCCGGAAGAAGCUCUUCACCUUUUCUCGCCCGCCUCGCAGUCGCGACACCGACAAGUUCCUGGACGCGCUGAGCGAGCAGCUGGGCCACCGGGUCACUCUGGUGGAUGACUUCACACCGGGGGAGAACGACUACGAGGAGAUGAGUUUCCCAGAGGAGCAGGACACGGGCUUCAGGUCCCGGCAGCUCAGCAGUGGCAGCAGCGAGGAUCACAGCAGCGACGAGGCCUCGUCUCCCACCUACUCCUCCGGCUCUGAAGCGAUCCCGCCCCCUCCCAACCAGAGCCCCCCGCCCCCGCCGCCUCUUCAGUCUCUGAUCCCCCCACCGGUCCAGUUCACGGACCCUCGCCCGCCCGUGCGCUUCUCUCCGGAGCAUGUCCCCCGGAGCCACAUGCCCUUCCAGCCGCACCACCCCAUCAUCCCGCCUCCGCCGCCCCCUCCGAGGACCCUCCUGUCCAGCCGCUCCCCUCUCCACAAAGGGCCGCCCACCGAGAAGUCCAGCCAGCGCUUUCAGGCCACCACGGCCUGGCUCUCGCGCAACCAUGCCCCGCUGGGCUCGUCCACCCUGCGGUCCGCCCCGUCGUCCCGCACCACCUACCUCCCCCGCCAGCUCAGCCAGCCUCAGCCGGCCCGCCAGCCGUCACCCCAGCCCUCCCCUCAGCCGCUCCGGCCGAGCCAGCUGGUCCUGCAGCGGCACCACCAGCUCCACCACCAGCACAGCUACCAGGGCCCGCUGCCGCCGUCCCAGCAGGACCCCAGCCCCGCGCAGCAUCACAGCCUGGGGCCCGUGGGCUCCGCGCUGCUCUCCAAGCCUCCGGCCUCUACCUCCACCCUGCCCGGCCACACCAAGAACUUCGACGCCUCCCCACAGGAGCACCAGCAGGCUCCGCCCCCUCCACCCCCGCCCCUGCCUCCGCCCUGCGACCCGCCUCCGCUGCCCAAAGCCGGCCAGCCCGCCGCCGCGGACGCCAACCACAUGAGCGUGAAGAGGCUGCGCUGGGAGCAGGUGGAGAACUCCGAGGGAACCAUCUGGGGUCAGCUGGGAGAGGACUCGGAGUACGACAAGCUCAGCGACAUGGUGAAGUACUUGGACCUGGACCUCCACUUUGGAACUCAACGCAGAUCCAUUUCUCCUCCAGAGCCGGCCUUCCUGCCAGAGAGCUUUAAAAAGAAAGACGUGGUGGAGAUUCUGUCACAAAAGAAAGCCUACAAUGCUUCCAUCCUCAUCGCCCACCUGAAGCUGUCCCCCGACAAGCUGCGGCAGGUCCUGAUGAACCUGAGCACGGACAGACUGGAGCCGGCGCACAUCAAGCAGCUGCUGCUCUACGCCCCCGACGACGACGAGGUCAAACAGUACAAGCACUUCGACCAGGACCCCACCAAACUCAGCGAGCCCGACCAGUUCAUCUUUCAGAUGCUGACGGUGCCCGAGUAUAAGACCCGUCUGCGAAGCCUCCUCUUUAAGACGACCCUGCAGGAGCGGACGGAGGAGAUGAAGGUGGCGUUCGAUUACAUCUACAAGGCAUCAGUGGAGCUGAGGAGCAGCAGGAAGCUUGCCAAGAUCCUGGAGUUUGUUCUGGCGAUGGGUAACUAUCUGAACAACGGGCAGCCAAAGAGCCACAGGACAACCAGCUUUAAGAUCAACUUCCUGACCGAGCUAAGCACAACAAAAACCGUGGAUGGAAAAUCCACCUUUCUCCACAUUCUGGCCAAGUCUUUGUGCCAACAUUUCCCCGAGCUGCUGACGUUUCCCAGAGAUCUCCUGACGGUGCCCCUGGCGUCAAAAGUGAACCAGAGGGCCAUCACGACGGAGCUGAGCGACCUGCACUCCACCAUACAGGACAUCAGGACGGCCUGUCAGAAGAUUCCCGCCACCCCCGAGGACCACUUCACCCCUGUCAUGAGCAGCUUCCUGGAGAACAGCCACCCCGCCAUCCAGUCUCUGGAGUCCCUGCAGACCCGGGCCAUGGAGGAGUUCUCCAAGGUGGCCUCCUACUUCGGCGAGGACAGCAAAUCCACCAGCACGGACGCCUUCUUCGGCAUCUUCUCAGACUUCAUGUCCAAGUUCGAGAGAGCUCUCAGUGAGACCCAGACUCCAGAGGACCCCCGGAGCCCCAGAUUGUCUUCGCCUCUGGCCUGGUAGGAGUGAGAAACCCAUCGAAGCCAGUCGACAGAUUCUCACUCUGCUCUCCGUCAACCAAAGUGCCAAGAUCACACUCAGACAGGAACAGAGACACUCUCACCUACAGCAAACACGACGGGACCAAACACUGCAAGCUAACGAAGGAGCAGAUCCAGGGCUACCCGGGCCAAACAAGUACUUUAAGUCCUUCGUUUAAAAAAA